AUGGCAACAAGCGGGAUUUGCCCUGGAGGCAGAGUCAGUCGGUCCUCAGUUGGUAUCACCGCCCCAGCCUCCACACUGCAUCACGCCCUGAAUGGAAUGGAUGACCAGGACAAGAAAGAAAAUGGGGAGUACGUCGGAGAGAUUAAAGGUGGAAUGCGGCCUUCAAUGAAACUGGUCGUCAUGGGAAUUAUUGAUAAAAAGCCCAAGAGCAUUGAGGUGACCCUGUCCUGCAAGCCUCAGGACGAGGACGCAGAGGGGGACGUGGGUCUGCAGCUGAAGGUCAGUUUCAUGAAUAAGGCUGUCCAACGUAAUGCCCGCUUGGCUGGGAAGUGGGGUCCAUGUGAAAAUACCCUCUCCUUCUUUCCCUUUGCUCCUGGAGAAGCCUUCAAGAUGGAGAUCGUCUGUGAACACCAGCAGUUUCGUAUCUUGGUGGACGGCCAGCCUCUGUGUGGCUUCACCCACCGACUCUCCAAGCUUGCCUCCCUCACUGCCUUAAGAGUCUUUGGAGACCUACAGCUCACCAAGGUUGCCUAGCACCAGCCUCUCACUGACAGAAAGCUGAACUGAGGGCAGUACACACCACCAUUAGAUUAGAACUUCUUUUUGAUUCACCUUCAUCGGGAUGUUUCGAUGUUUUAGUUCGCCAACCAAGUUGCACCCGCCUUGUAAUCCUACGUUGAGACAAAGUGCCUUCACUAAGAUUACCUGUCUGGGGACUUGAAGAUGUUGACUGAAUGUGACAGUCAUCGCACGUCUUAAAUCAAAUAAAGAAUGUGGUUUUGUA